AUGUGCAACCUGGCCACGCCUUACGGUAGACUGGGAGUAGUCAAUCUAGAGGAGAAUGACUACGCGACAUUUUCAACGCUUACGAAGGAACGAUCAUCAGAGAGUCUAGUCAAAAAUGCGGAGAUGGUUUUACAGUGGCUCAAGGUACACGGUACAGAACGAAGUCGAGUGAGAGUUACUCUCUCUCCCGCAAUCGUAAAAGCCAGUAACGUCUUUUGUCUGCAUCUCUCGCUCAAAUACAAAUACAGAUCUAGAAGAAGAAGCUUCAAGGUGAAAUCGAAGCUUUUUUCUCCAGAUCAAUUCACUUUUAUUAACCCAUCGUUCGAUCUGGAGCCGUUACAGGAUCCGCCGCAGACCACGGCGUCCUCCGGCACCGGCAACGGUAAGAUCCGCUACCGUUCGCCUUCCUCCCCCGAGCUCAUGGAGUCCGGAACCGCCGCAGUUUCCUCCUCCGGCCACCAUUCUCCUUCUCAUUCCUCCGAAUCCCAUCAGGGACUCCUCUCCGUUGACGGAGGGAAGACGACGGUGGCUAAGCGUGGGAUCGGACGGCACGAGUCUAUCGCCGACAAGAUCCAACGCCAUCGAGGUAUCCUGCUCUUGAUUUCGGUUGCGAUUCUGCUUAUCGGUCUCGUUCUUUUGCUGAUGCCUGGGAGAUCUACGUCCGACGCGGUCGUUGAAGAGUACACGGUGCUUAACCGCAAGGGAGGCCCCAACUCGAGGCCUCCGAAGAACUACGCUGUGAUUUUUGAUGCUGGAAGCUCUGGUAGCCGUGUUCAUGUAUACUGCUUUGAUCGGAAUUUGGAUCUUCUUCCUCUCGGGAAUGAACUUGAGCUCUUCGUGCAGCUAAAACCGGGCUUGAGCGCAUAUCCUACUGAUCCUCGACAAGCGGCAAACUCUUUGGUGUCUCUUCUUGACAAAGCAGAAGCAUCUGUUCCACGUGAGUUGCGUCCCAAGACACCUGUCAGAGUUGGGGCAACUGCAGGUUUGAGGACGCUGGGUCAUGAGGCAUCUGAGAACAUUUUGCAAGCGGUUAAGGAGCUCUUGAGAGAUAGAAGCAUGCUGAAAACUGAGGCAAAUGCUGUUACUGUGCUGGAUGGUACCCAGGAAGGUGCUUACCAGUGGGUGACAAUAAACUACUUGCUAAGGAACCUGGGAAAACCAUACUCAGAUACGGUUGGAGUGGUUGAUCUUGGAGGGGGUUCGGUACAAAUGGCAUAUGCCAUAUCCGAGGAAGAUGCUGCAACUGCACCAAAGCCAUUAGAAGGAGAGGAUUCUUAUGUCAGAGAAAUGUAUCUGAAGGGACGGAAGUACUUCCUCUAUGUUCACAGUUACCUACAUUACGGAUUACUGGCCGCCAGAGCAGAGAUCUUGAAAGUUUCUGAAGAUUCAAACAAUCCCUGCAUCGUGGCAGGCUAUGAUGGCACUUACAAGUAUGGAGGAGAUGGGUUUAAAGCCGCUGCUGUGCAAUCUGGCGCGAGUCUCAAUGAGUGCAGGAGGUUAACCGUCAACGCACUCAAAGUGAAUGAUACACUAUGUACACACAUGAAAUGCACAUUUGGUGGAGUAUGGAAUGGUGGUCGAGGUGGUGGCCAAAAGAACAUGUUCGUUGCUUCUUUUUUCUUCGAUCGUGCGGCUGAGGCUGGAUUCGUAGACCCCAAGCAACCUGUUGCUACAGUGCGUCCAAUGGACUUUGAGAAAGCAGCAAAGAAAGCUUGUAGUAUGAAGAUAGAGGAGGGGAAAUCGAAGUUCCCACGUGUAGAGGAAGAUAAUUUGCCUUACUUGUGCAUGGAUCUCGUUUACCAAUAUACUCUGCUCGUUGAUGGAUUCGGAUUGGAGGCAUCACAGACGAUAACAUUAGUGAAGAAGGUGAAAUACGGAGAGCACGCAGUGGAAGCUGCGUGGCCAUUGGGUAGCGCCAUUGAGGCUGUAUCCUCACCGUGACGGGCAUUUUUUGGAACUACACAGAACUUUAUUCUCUCGUAAACAUUUUUUUCAUCUAUCUCGAAAUUUUAUCAUAUAUGGUUUUUAGAGAAAUGGUUUUGUCACGUGUAUAUCUAUCUACCUUCUACAGAUCUUUGAUUAUUUUAUUUUUGUAAACUAUAGAACGUACUUGUCCCGGGGUUGUUAUAAUUUUAUGAAAUGAUUGCAACA